UCCGGCAUCGCUGCUGCUAACCAUGUAUUUAUUGUAAUUGAUUAUGAGUACUUCCUGAACAGUGCAAUCCGGGAAGAAUGUUUGUCGCUCGACAAAACUGCGUUCAAACUGGCAUUUAAAGCAGCUAUGUUUCCAUGCAUGAUAAAAUGCAUAGCUGACACUCGCUUCGCUGAACCGUCAGUGGACGCUGGCGAUGGAAGUCCAAGCACACAGCAUGACUAAGCAACUUUGUCUGCUGUCUAUGCGCCGUCUGUACGCUGUCUAUACUCGGUUUCCUUGGCUUGCGCUGCACAAUAGCAAUUUUCCGUCGCGAUCUAGGGAAUGGCUGAACAAACACUCCGAGAAUCCACAAAUGCUCUUCGUCCAGCCACGUGGGUCUUUGAGGUCCCAGCGGAGCGCUUCCAGACAACCUGCCAGCGCCUUACAUGCACACACACGGCUGCCGUGUUCCUUGAAAUGAAGGCCAAUUGUGACCCACCACAUCGCCAGGAUAACCGUCAGUUGGUGGAGUGGUCGUUAAAUCGACGAAAACGUCCGACGAUUCCAAAUCGCGAAGUGCGGCGGACCAUCUGUUCGGAUCCCGGCGCUGCGGAACGUUUCGGCAUUUCGGCAGCAUUUUGGAAAUUAACAGUUGGGACCAGUCAAACCUGGAAUACCGCCACUUACUCGAUGGAGCCAACGUGCCCCUCGCAGCGGCUUGUCAGCAAAGUGCCGCUGCGUGUAGAGUGCUCCAUCAGCGGAAAAGGCAUGCAAUACGGGGAUCCUUACGAAGUGUUGAUCAGUCCGAAAGGCUGGACAACGGCGACGGCUAAUCACGCGGGCAUAUCGACUUCUUCUUUAUCGCCUACGCUGGAACAAUACCGUGAUGGAGACUACAAUGUGAACGUCUCAGUAAUCGUUCCGAGGACCAUUUUGUAUGUGAGGAUCACCUGCUACCCGAUGGAUUCCAACGAAGACUCACUGGAUUCUAUGCUUGGCCCGCUUGGGCGUCAACAUCUUUCGGCAGAAGGCUCUGAUGAUGUACGGGACGAUGGACGGGUCGCAGAGUGCAAACUGAUCUCCCGUGAUGGACAGCAGUUUUGCGUCAAUCGAGAUGUACUGGCUGCACAGUCAUCGGUGUUUGCUGCCAUGUUCAAGCGUGAGAUGAAGGGGCAGUCUUCGGGACAGUACUUCCUUGAGGAUGUUGAUGGAUUCUUCCUGGAGGCACUCAACAAGUUUGUUUACAAGCGCGGUCCGCUGGAGCUGCCGUCGGGGAGUCUGCCGAAGCUGUGCGAGACUGCGGACCAGUAUAAAAUGGAUGGUUUGCGGGAGCAUUGCGAGAAGUUGAUGAUCGACGCGCUGGAUGUGCAGAACGCCGUGUAUUACCUGAUCCUGGCCAAACAGCGCCGUCUGCUGGAUUUGAAAGUGGCCGCUGCAAAAUUCAUCGAAAAUCGCGGAGAGCUCCUUGGAAAAUGAUUUGGAUAAGUGUGGAUUGAACGGCGCCGUAUCUGUCUUCUGUUUUUUUUUAUGGUGCUAAUAUGCAAGUUGUAGUGUUAAACGUUGAGUUAUGAAAGGCAUCAGUGUUAGGUAUACACUUUCAUUUUGUUAUCGCCGUUGCUUUUCAACGUACAAAUGAGUAUCGGGUUUUUGGUUUAUUAGUAAAAAUAGCAUCG